CGCGUUCUGACUGCAGUAGUUUUUUUGACGUGUGACGUUUUUACUUACUGCUGUAAUAUAUCCAGUGCGUUGGGUGUACAAAGAUGGCCGCCUCCUGGUGAUGCACAUGCAGCUGUUUGCUGUGGUCUCCCAGGCCCUCGUUUUGCUUCUGUUAGAUGUUGCUAGAUUUGCCCCUGAGGUUCCUCUGCCGUCCAAUAUCUCUCAGUUGGUUGACCCAGAGCCGUAAGAUCAUGGACCUCUGUAGUGUAAUCUCCCGUUUAAAUGCUUUGACACCCCCAGCACUAGCGGAGAGCUGGGAUAACGUUGGUCUUCUAGUGGAGCCCAGUCCCCCUCACCAGGUACGGAAGCUUCUGCUAACGAAUGACUUGACUGAGGAUGUGCUAGAAGAGGCCCUACAGCUGGGGGCCAACAUGGUCCUCUCUUAUCACCCACCCAUCUUCAAAGCCCUGAAACGUCUCACCUGGACAGGAUGGAAGGAGAGGCUAAUGGUCAAAGCUUUGGAGAAUCGGCUCGCUAUAUACUCCCCACACACGGCCUGUGAUGCACUGCCCAACGGGGUCAAUGACUGGCUGGGGAGGGCACUUGGUACUUGUGUUUCCAUCCCGCUCUGCCCUUCCUCAUCUCUCUCACACCCGGGUGGUUUUGGGCAUCUCUUGGAGUUUAGCUGUGACCCCUCUCAUACUGUCAUGUCCAGACUGAAAUCCCUACAGGAUGUCUCUGUGCGGUUUUACCCAGUCAGACAGGAUGGAAAGGAUGGGUCCCGCAUAAGCUUAAGCUGCUCCCAGAAAGCUUUGCUGCAGGUGCUUCCCAUACUGGCAGAGGAUGAGCAGGUGUAUCGAAACGUGGAGCUCCUCGCCUUACAGAAGCCUCCUAUGUCGGAUACAGGGAUGGGGCGUCUCUGCACACUGCCCGAACCCAUAUCUAUAGCAACAGCUCUAGAGCGUGCCAAGGAGCACCUGGGCCUGCCGCACCUGCGCCUGGCAUUAGGACGGGGCAAAACCUUAGAAUCCCUUGUGAGUUUUAUGGCUGUCUGCGCAGGGUCAGGGAGCAGCAUUCUAAGUGGGGUUUCUGCUGAUCUCUAUCUCACAGGUGAGAUGUCUCACCACGAUGUCCUUGACGCAGUAUCUGAGGGGCGCAGUGUGAUUCUUUGUGAGCACAGUAAUUCUGAGCGUGGAUAUCUGCAGGAACUUCGGGGGCAGAUUGAGGAAAAGCUGGAUAGAAAGGUGCAAGUUCUGGUGUCACAGAAAGACCAAGACCCCCUGCAGGUGGUGUAGACAAUAGAUUGACGACCGUAGAAGAGGAAUUCUCUUUAUAACUUGUGUAUGUAAUCUACAAAUAUUUGUGUAGAUAUGAGAAUGUUGUUUAUCUGUCGCACUCUGUCUGAAAUAAAGCUUUAUCGUAUCCUC